CACGUUGACAGGGCGGGCGUGGGCCGUGUUCGUCGGGCCGUGUUGGGGUCCGGGUGCCCGGUGCGGGAGCGGGGCCGCUGCCGCAGUAAAAAUGUCUUCGCCUCCCAAAGAGAAAGCAGAGACGCGGGCCGGACACCCUCCUGCUGUGAAAGCUGGUGGGAUGCGGAUUGUGCAGAAACACCCACACAAUUCAGAUGCCAAAGAAGAAAAAGAUAAGGAUGACCAAGACUGGGAAACGAGCAGCCCCCCUAAGCCAGCGGUGUUCAUCUCCGGUGUCAUUGCUAGGGGCGAUAAGGACUUCCCUCCAGCUGCGGCUCAGGUGGCUCAUCAGAAACCACAUCCUUCUGUGGAAAAGCUUCCUCACCCACAGCACGUCAAACAGCACAUCCACCAGCCUCGCAAAUGAGCUCUCCGUCAGGAUCUCUGCCAAACUGCUCUCAGUGAAUAAGUUUUAAAGAGAAGACAAAAACCCUUUAGGAUUCAUACUGUCAAAUCUGUAAAAUUGACAUCUAAAAUAAUAUGCUGUUUCUUUAAUUCUCAAGGGUUAGUAAGAAUGAAGACAUUGUUCAGUUGUUAUCCCAGAUGGAUAAUUCUGUACUGAGUAUUUACUGAUCAGGGGUGCUUUUUAAUAAGAUUUUUCUGAUUGUCAAGAUAAAAACUUUAAUAUGAAUAUUAUGAUUAAUGAGCUUAAAAUUCGUACUUUUAGUUGUGGACUCACAAUAGCAGAUAGUUACUGUAGUUUUUAUGCUAAGCCAGUAAGGAGGAACGGCCCUUUUGUACUGGUACCUUUACUGUCUGGAGCGAGUUUGUUGGGUGUGUUGAGACUGAAGUCAGCAGUUGUCUUGAUUAUGUAGAGCCCUUGCAGCCUUCAGUAUCCUGCAGUGUUACACCCCAGUGCCCUCCGGAUUCAACCAAGGAGAUGAUGAAAGGGCCCCCAUGCAUUCUCAAGUGGGCAGAGAUCCAGCUGAAUCUUUACACCCCUUUGCACUCGCACAGUCUUGCUGAGAUUAUUCCCUCUGGUGGUCUGUGGGUAUGGAGAGGAGAGAGAAAUCAGAAUUACAAGUAAGAACACUGCUGCUGUAGACAACUCAUUUGUAAUCUCAUGGGUCUUACUGGGGGCUGUAUUUUUGAGGUGAUGAUUUCACAUUCCAAUAACAAGCUGAAGUAGUUCAUGACCCUCUGUAUUGAACUUAAAAUAAGUUGGUGAAAAAUCUGUUUACUUUUUUAAUUUAGAAUUUGAGAUAAUAUUUUGAAAUGAAGAGAUAUGAUUAGCAAGUAUGUUGAUGAUCCAACCUCUUUUGCACAGCGUAUUUUUUUUCUAGUCUUUAUAUGAUGAAGGAUGGUAGUGAUAUGAGUGAGUAAAAAGAAAGUUUUUUUGCAAAUAGAACAAUUGUUUUAUUUUUAUCACACAAUUAAAUAAUUUGAUUUCUUAAUUCAAAGUCACUUAGCUCUAUCAUUUUCCUUAUGUAACUCACCUCUGUAAAAAACCAAGAAAAAAUUUUAUACGUUCUACCUAUUUUAAAGUGUCCUUCUGUUUUUAACUAACUACAAAUACAAUACAGCCUUUGGUACCCUCCAGGUUUAUAAAGUUUCUAAUGAUGUCAAAAAAGUGGGAGCUAAUGCUGCAGCCAUUCACCUGGCAAAUCAGUGACAUUUUAGGGUCACUUGGGACUUUGCCAGUUCAUUUAUGGUUAAAAAACAGUGAGGAAAGUUUUAAAUUUUUUUUUUUUUUUAGAAAAAAAUCUGCAGAUUUAAUAAUUUUUUCCUGAGUAGCUGAUUUAAAACAAUAGCAACAAAAUAAUGGGAAAUACAGCCCAUUUCACAAGUGGAAUAAUUCACUUCGGGUGCGAGGGACCUGAUAUUUCCAUCUCUUCAUAGGCUUAAAAUGGAAAUGAUUUGUAAAUUAUAUGCAUGAACAUAUUUAACCUAAACCCAAGGAAGGAUGUACAAUCUUUAUAUGCAGUCCUUAUUUUCAAUUUGAUUAGAAACCAUACUUGCCUUAAGAAACGAGUGUUGUUUGUAAGAAUUAUUCUGUAUUAGAAUACGUAUAACUUUUCAAAUCUGCUUUCUGUUACUGAUGUCAUUGCAGCAGAGGUUUUGCUUGUAGCUGCUUAUGAGUGUGCAAGUGAUUCACACCUGAGCAACUCAUUCAUAAGGGUAGCAUUGUUGGAGCCUCUUGGAAUCUCUGCAGGAGGUGAUUGUGAUCAUGACACAGAAAGCAACCACACGGAGACCAGAGAUUUGCAGGGCAGAGUUGUUCCUCAGAGAGAGCCCAAGGCUGAGAGCCCCUCUGCCUGUUUACUUCUUACUUUUUAUACGUUUGUGGGUCUGGUUGUGGAUUGGCUUCUGGAGUUUUCAUCUCCCAGCCGAAUGGCCAGACCAGCUGUCAGUUACAAUUGUUUUCAGGUUAGAAAUAUGCAAACAAAGGACAGAGAAUGAAAAACAAAGGAUUUGUUUAUGUUACAUGUGUGAGAAAAAGCGAAGGCUGCUCCUAAUAUUGUACAAAAGCUAAAGAGACUGACUCCAUCUUAUGAACAAUUAGAAGGCUUUAAAAAACUCAGAAAAAGCAGGGUGACAGGUGAUUUGCUGGCAAGAAUGUUUGCAGACUCAGGACAGGAGGCGGCUGAUGAUGUAGCCGUAGCUGUCUGCGUGCUGUGUCAGCAAUGGAGCAGAUCAUCACAGUCACUUCUGGUACCUGCUGGCCUGAGGGGGAGCUGGGUGGGAUCCAGCUCUGCCUCAUGCUGUGCCUGCAUCUGAAGCAGUGUCUAGAGCCCACUGUAGUCAGUGGUGAUACAAUCAGGACAGUCAGCAGAGGUUAGGUAUGGCAUCAUUGACCAAAGGGAAGGGUCUUUCAGGUUGAACUGGAUCACUCUUGGCUCCACUGACUGCAGUGGAAAACUAAACCUCAGUGUGGAAGCACACGGUGAGGUGGGGUGGGUACUUCUGCUCUGUGUUUUGUAAUAGGUAGAAAUGGUUUUGAAAGCUGCACCACAUCUCCAUUCUGACAGUAAAAGGAGCAUGGAUGCUUUUGAAUGACGAACUACUGCUCCUGGUUGUUAAUGCAAUAUAUACAGCAUAUAUAGACAAUACCUGAUUUUUGUCUUUGAUUACUUAGGUAGAUAUGUAAGUUUGUACAAUGAAGUAUGGCUCUUAAGAUAGCUUUAGUGGCUUUUAGAGUGCAGAAAUACGUACAUGAUUAGAAAAUGUCUCUGUAUGAAAGCAUAUUAUAUAUGGUUGGGAGGUAUCCAUGUUUACAACAUAGAUGUCCUUACCCCAAAGCAUUACCUUGUCCAAAAUAAUCAUAACUGAUGAAUUGGAUUUCUUACUGAUGGUUAUUGAUACUUUUAAAAUAUAUUGCAAUAGCAUAUAAGCACAGGAGAUGUUCAGAUGUUACCUUGAAAUAACUGCAAAAGAAAUUCUCUGUAAUUGUCAAUGUGGCAAUAAUGCAACAAUAAAGCAUGAAGUUGUAUAUUGGGCUCUUUUUUUCUCUGCAAGUGCAAUGUAAAUCAGCAGGGUGCAGCUUUGUUGGAUUUAUGGGAUUUUAUUACAGAUUGCUGCAUGACUAAUCAACGUUUUAUAGAUAGGGAAAUUUAUUAUGAAGUUUUAUGACACAGUGGAUGAGCUCUUUUGAAUAGUCCAGUCUCAUGUAAAAUAAAAAGUAGCUACCAGCUA